AUGGCUACCACAGUUGCCGAGAAUGUUGCCCUUGAUGCUUCCGCCAUGGACGAUCUCAACAGCCCCGAGGCCAAGGCACUCCUGGACACGAUUGACAAGCUUCGUUCUAUCAACGUGGGCGACAUCAUCAGCCUUCCGCAGAUCAUUGUCGUCGGCGACCAGUCCUCGGGCAAGUCGUCCGUCCUAGAAGCAAUCUCGCGCGUCCCUUUUCCUGUCAAAGGCGAUCUCUGCACGCGUUUCGCCACGGAGUUGGUUCUCCGACGCUCUUCCUCCUCCUAUGUUCAUGUCACCAUCCGCUUCGCCAAGGGGUCUUCGGGGGAUCAGGAGCCCUUUCACCGGGAAGAACUCGACCUCAGCCGCCUCCCAUCCCUGAUCGAAGAGGCUACGGAACGCAUGGGCAUCAGGCCUGGAUCAGAUGUCGGCUUCUCACGAGACGUGCUGCGCAUCGAGGUUUCCGGACCCGAUGUCCCAUCUCUUACACUCGUAGACCUUCCCGGUUUCUACCACUCUUCAACGGGCGAGCAAUCUCUCGAGGGCAUCAAGGUUGUCAACCGCCUCGUCAAGAGCUACAUGGCUCAAGAACAGAGCAUCAUUUUGGCAGUGCUCUCAGCGAGCACGCAGCUAGCCUCCCAGCGGAUUCUCGACGAGGCCAGGGAGCACGAUCCCAAGAGACUGCGUACACUCGGCGUCAUCACGAAACCCGACGUGCCAAAGCCAGGUCUCUCUAACGAAGCCAAAUACCUCCAGCUCGCCAGGAACGAAGAACCAAGGCACCAGCUCACCCUCGGCUGGCACGUUCUCAGGAACAGGGCCGAAGACGAGGGCGACGUGACGGCCGAUGAACGUGACGCCACCGAGGCCAAAUUCUUCGAGACGAGUGCUUGGGCGUACUUCCCGCCCGGAAACAAGGGCAUUGGCAGCUUCCGGCGUAAGCUGGGAAAGGUUCUUCUCGGCCAUAUCCAAAAGACGCUGCCCGGCCUCGUGUCGGCCAUUGAGCGUGGCAUCGAGGACAAGGAAGGCACACUCAAGCAGCUAGGCCAGGCCCGCUCUACGCAGCCCGAGAUGCGAGCGCACCUCGUCGACAUUGCGGAGGAGUUUCAGCGCAUCGCGCGGAGCGCCAUCAGUGGCAACUACGGCGAACGCUUCUUUGGUGACCUCGACGAGAAAAACCUCCGCAAGCUGCGCGCGCAACUGCGUAACCUCAACAGCGCGUUCCACCAUAUCCUGAUGACGAGGGGCAUGAGCCAGCAGAUUCUUCGCGGCGGCCCGCCUGGCGAGACGUCGCCGUCACAGGACGUCGCUCCGCCGCCGGUGCAUCUCCAGGAGGCACUGGAGUAUUUCCAAUUUCCCGAGCCAGAGCCCGUCUUUGAAGAGGCCCUGAAGACAGAGAUGCGGGCUCUCGCGGCCGCCAACCAGGGAAGAGAAUUCCCCGGGUCACCAAACACAGAUCUCGCGAUCCAGAUGUUCCGGCGGCAGGCCAAGCCCUGGCGGGGCAUUGCCGAACGACACCUGGACGUCGUGACCGAGCUGAGCAAGUCGUUCGUGGAGCAGCUGUUUGAACAUAUCAUCGGUGACGACAAGACGACCCUGGACGCAAUCCUCCACUCGUGCGUGGAUGUUUUCUUCGAAAAGAAAAAAAAGGAGCUCAAGGCCAAGCUGGACGAGCUGCUUUUGCCUUAUGAAGCCGGAUUCGGAAUGCCUCUUGUGGCGGAGUUCAACUCGACCAUGUCGAUAAGGGAGGUUGAGCGGGUGACUGAGCGCGUUGUCGACGUUCUUCAGAAUAUGGGAUCCGCGCUGGCCGAGGGAAUCGUGGAGGGGACCAUGGAUCGCUAUGAUGUCGCCCGCACCGUUCAAAAGACGCCGUCGCUGAGGGAUGAGUUUGGCAUUGACCAGACGAUCGACAACAUGGAGACAUAUUACGAGAUGUCGCGUCGGACCUUCACGGAGAACGUAGCGUACCUCGCGCUCGAGAGUUGUCUGAUCACCCGCCUGCCUGACAUCUUGACCCCUGGCAGAGUCAAUCGCAUGGAAGAUGAAAGGGUCGAAGAGCUCGCCCUAGAGUCAGAGGACGUGCUGGCCGAGAGGAAGAUGGUUCAGACGCAGGCCGAUCUACUGAAGAAUGCGCUCGCAAUCUGUCGGCGACAUAGACCUCGCGGCAGCGGUGGUGGUGGUGGUGAGUAA